AUGCGCUCGACGGACGACCAGCCGCUCUACCACAUCGCCGCGCCACCGGUGCCGCCGCCGCCGCCACCGAUGCCAACUACUAUCAGCUACACGCUGAGUCAGGAGAUGCCACACCUGAAGUCUAUGGAGCUCGAAGGAAAGAUGCCCUCGCACGUGCCACAGGUGCGUGGGCUUGAUUAUGUUGCGCUUCGCAAGGAGGGAAAGCUCUCGUGA